AUGUCCCAGUGGUGGAGAGCACGAAAGGCGCCGUGUGAGCUGCGGAUGUGGUGUGGACUGGAAGUGGAGAGCGGUUGGCUGCUAGUUCAGGGCGGCAAGGGGCUCCACAAGGAAGACCCUUCAAACAGCUGGGCUAAUCGCCAUGCCUCACCCGAUCGACAGCGAAACAACGACCACGGUCCUCGCCUCGUGGACAGUGUCACAGUGUGGCACCACGUGGCCGUGAUUCACCGGUCUGCUUGCAUGACACAGCCUGAAUGGACCAUUGAAAUGGAUCGAGAUGCGAUGCUCGAGAGCUUCGAUGCCACGAAGGCGCACGAGCUGCUGCGGAGCACGUUGCCGGAGAGUGGGCAUUCCGUCGUGGUGGCCAUGCGACCCAAGGGUGGCAAGGCCGCGCGCGCGUAUGACUCCCGAGAUGAUAAGCAGGUGAUUUGGCCACAGGGUUGGUUGACGGUCUUUGACGGGGUACACCAUGAGCCGUUGGCUGCAGCUCUUUUUGGGGCUAUGGGCUUUGUCAGGUUUCGUUCCCACGUGGGCGCGGGCAUCGUCUUGGUCCACCCCUUGAGAAUCGCUCUGAAUGACCCGUGGAUCGCAGGGGGGGAAGCCCUCACGGAGGUGACAGCCCGGCAGUUGAAGUUGGACUCACAUCCGCGGCGAACUCGGUGCAUGUGGAAUGUGCUGGGCAACUAUGACAAUGUGCAGUACCAUGUGCAGAUUGAGAUUGGCGCCGCGUGUCCAUCGUAUGGUCGGCAACAGUUCAAGGUCCGAACGAAAUGGGACGUGAUCCAUGUGAGGAUCGGCAACCGCAUCACCUUCCGCUACGGCGACGGCACAGUGGCCAAUGGAGGUGCCUUUCUGAAGCGCCUCACGUGGGCUCUUUUUUUUCCGCGCGAGAAGAUCAAGAAGACCUCGGAAUGUUCCUUCUAUGACACGGUGAGGAUCGGAGACCUGGAGGUUCAGCGGCAGCUGCUGAUUCAGGUGGAUGACAUGGAAUCUGAUACUCACAUGAAGUCGGAUGGCAUCUUGGGUUUGGCACAUCACUAUGCCUCGGAUCGGAGUCUCAGAGGCGAAACCUUUGUCUCCACGCUCUUCAGGGAGCACCCCCACCUACCGGCGCAGUUCUCCUUCUACCUCACGGGGCGUGGCUCCAGCGACGCCAAGUCUCAGCUGGUCUUCGGCGAUCCAGACCUUGGGACACACUCGAAGGAGACGAGCUUUCGCUAUGGCAAGGGCCAGUACAUGUCCACCACGGAUCUUUGGUUGACCAGCGUUUGGUCCAUCGGCUGGAGUGACACAGGCGUCGAGGUGACCUUCCCAGAUCGUGGCACGUUGGGCGCACCUGCUUUGAUCGACUCAGGGUCUUCGCUUUUGGUCAUCGAGCCGACGGUCUAUGACCGACUCAUCUCAGAGCUUCGAUGGCGCUUUACCAACUGCCAUUCGCUACCUGAACAGCAGAUCCUCAGCUGUGAUUGCCCACCAGCCAAUGACCUGAGUAGGAUACCGCAGCUAGUGAUCAACGUCAUCGAUGAGCAUGUCCGAGACAAGCAGUUCAGCCUUUGCAUGUCUCCAGACGAGUUCAUCCUUGAGUCAGUGGACCCUCUGACUGGCAGGACCUCCUGCGUGCCCAGUAUUCAACGUGGGAGCGACAGCCAACCCGUGCCGCUGAUCUUCGGCAUGACGUGCGCCUGA